AUAGCUUUACAAGCAAAAGUAACACCAUCCAAUCCAGAGGCCUUUGACUGUUCAACAAAUUCGCUACUUCAAGAUGCAGCUUUCAAUCUUCACUCUUUUCGGCCUCAGCGCCCUUGCUCUCGCUGCCCCGGCUGCUGUCCCAGAGGCGGCGCCAGUCACCGCAGUUGAAGACGCAGCUACCAAUAUCUUUGCACGCACUGGAUCGGGUGCUUGCUGUCCAAAGGGAAAGCACAGCGGCUGCUCGUCUUGCGAACCUUCGCAGUCGUGCCCAAGUGACAAGCCAGACAAGUACACAAGCUGUAACCAGAUUGCAGGUCUUGUUGUUCUCUGCGACGUCCUCAACGGCAACACCAUCAGCAUUCCAAUCUCCCUUGACCUUUUGUAAGCCCAUAGAGCUUGCAUAGCAGAGGUCCAUUUCCAAGCUGCAGACUUGAUGGAUGUACAUGAUGUACAAUGGAUGUAGAAAGGUCGACGGGACUAAACCCUCUUUCACGAAGAGGGGCGAGGACGCUCUUUACGAAUGAAGAACUUUCGGAAUAAUGCUACAAGUAAAUUAUCCAAACUAUCCGUGAUCAUUUGUGAAUCGCAGAAGUUCGUAUUCACC